UCUAAUGUAAUUUUACUGUUGGUUCGAAAUUGGGGUAAGGAAGAGAAUACCAACUUCAGGGCAGAACAGGACGCUGAGGAGAAUAUUUGGACCUAAGGGGAAUGAAGUAAAAGGACAACGGAGAAAAUUCAUAAUGAGAAGCUCCUGAUAGUAUUAGGAUGAUCAAAUUAAGGAGGUCAAAAUGGGUGGUGCAUAAAUCCUGCAUGGGGGAAAUUAGAAAGGCACGCAAAAUUUUGAUUUUUAAGCCUGAAAACAGGAGACCACUCAUAAGACAAUGUGUAGAUUGGAGGACAAUAUUAAAAUGAAUCUUAGGGUUGGAAGGUGUGGAAUGUAGUCAUCUGACAUGGCAGUAACUGGUGGUGGAUUGUUAUGAAAAUGAUAAUGAACCCCAGGGGUUUCAUAAAAUGAGGCACUUUUCUGGACUAGCUGAGCGUACUGCCUGGUUCUGUAGAAGGAGUGUCAUAACUGGAUACCCUGGUUGUUGAAUUUAUGGCUGUAGAAAUUCUUCCCCAUUUGCCACAACAGAGUUAUUGAAGACCAGCUGACAAAUGUAUUUUUAGCUUAAGUCUUAAUUGUGUUUCAAAUUUAAUAAAUUAUUUAUUGUCAGGUAUGUGAUAUAAAUUAAGGAAUCUGUUACCCUGGUUGAGUACUUGUUGAAAUAGCUAAUUAAUUUUAUUGUUAUUUAACAGGUUCCUUUCCUAAGUUUAUGUUUGAUGAACAUCUUGACAGAGUAAUUCCUGCCGUUAUACAGUGCUCCAAGUUCACUGAGACAACUGGCAAGUGGGCAGAAAGUCGCAGAGAUGCUCUAGGGGCUCUCGCGUCAAUUUGCCUCACUGUUUCCCGUUCCAAGAAUUUGGAGCCAGAGACAUUGCCUGUGGAGCAAAUAUAUGACUGUUUCCUCGAGGGUCUAACAGAUUAUACUAUAUGCAGUCGUGCUGACAUUGGGGCCUGCGUUAGAGAGGCGGCAAUGUCAGGCCUUCAGGUUUGUACCAAGAAAAUUAGGUAGUACUGGCUGAUCUAAUGAUACGUGUUCUUAUAGUAACUUUUGUUUGAAUUAUGACUAGAUUUUAGUGUGCAGAGUUGUUGAAAGUUGUAGUUUAUCCUGCCCAUUGAGAGUGUACCACUAUGUAAGAGGUCCGAAUUUAUAUCUCGUGUAAAUAAGAAGUGCGUAGUGG